AUGUCUCAACAAUCAUCAGUGCAGAGUUUGCUGUUUCCCUUCUUGCAAACUUAUCACUGUGGUAAUUCGGAAUGUAAAUACUACAAUGAAGAACAAUGUCUUGAUAGACCUCUCGGGGAAGAGUUGAUAGAUUCUGGAAUUUCGACAUGUUUAAAGUGUUUUUCUUGUGAUGAUAGUUUACUUCCUUGUGAUUGUUGUACACAAUUAUUUUCAAUAGGUGCUAAAACUUCACCAUCAUCUAACAUGAUUAAAUUCUGUUCGUAUUGUAGCUUUCCGAACGUUUGUCAUCCAAAGUGGAGAAGACAUGAUGGAUUUUCAUUAUCGGAACAGGAAAAGCUACAACAAAUCAAAUACAUUCAACUUCAAAUUAUAGAACAUUCAUCUGGGGAAGCUACAAUUAAUCACAGUGAAAAGGAAUAUGGAAAACACUUGUUGGAUAGUUGUCCUAAUGAUGACCAAUUCACAAUUGAAAUGUUUUACAGAUCACCUCUUACUUUUGGUUCUGCUCUGAAAACAACACUUGGAAUUUUGACAGAGCCUAAGAAACAAUUCUUUGAAUCUGAUUUUCUCAUGCUAAAAUCACUCUAUGCUAGCUCAAUUACUAAAGAGGCUAAAUUAUCGAAACUUUUCGAGAAUAUUGAAAAACAUUUCGUAAAGAACACCUCCCUCCAUUCAGUAUUGCAGAACAUUAACCAAUAUAUUUUAGGCAAUGUUAGCUUUCCACUCCUUCCAAAUUGUAGUAAAUUGAACACUAUCAAAAUGAUAUUUAAGAAUCAGUUUUUAAUAAUGUUGGAAACUCUACGAUUGGAAUUAACCACAAAUUUAUUACCUAACAUAAUAGAACCACUCAAUGAACACAUUACUGAAAUAUCACAACUAACAAAUGAAGGAAAAUUGAAAAGUACUACUAAGAUACCUAGACCACUAAUCUAUCCAUUUGGAUCCACACCACUAGGAGAAACCAAUGAAAGUCAAGAAUCUCUGUUUAUCAAAAAGUUUGAAUUGUGGAGAAGUUUAUACUUUCAAUUAUCCACUAUCAUUAACUUGCUUUCAACAUUCCAUCCUUGUACAAGUGUGUAA